UGGUACCUAAGGGAAACAUCAGUGGUCAAAACCCCUAAUCACUGAAUUGGCAUCGUCAACCACAGGCUGUAAAACUCACCGCGAACGUUGCUUCUCAGAUUUCUGAAAUAUGGCACCGACAGGAGAGGUGGCGUCUGGCAGUGGUGCGCAAGUGUGUGCUGACAACCGCCUGCGCUGGGACCUGACCCCCGAGCAAAUCCAUCAGCUAUCAGAUGAGCUUAUUGACAAGACCAAAACGGUGUAUGACUGUGUUGGGGCCCUGGACCUGGCCAGUGUUUCCUAUGAGAACACCCUGAAAUCCCUCGCUGAUGUAGAGGUGGAGUACACAGUUGAGCGCAAUAUGCUGGACUUCCCCCAGCACGUGUCUUCCUCCAAGGACGUACGCACGGCCAGCACCGACGCCGACAAGAAGCUGUCCGAGUUUGACGUGGAGAUGAGCAUGAGGGAGGACGUCUACCAGAGGAUCGUGGCACUGGAGGGGAAGGUUGACGCUGACACGCUCACUGAUGAAUCCAAGAGGUACAUGGAGAGGCUGAUCAAGCUGGGUCAAAGGAAUGGCCUCCACCUGACUAAAGAGACACAGAAUGAAGUCAAAAGGAUUAAGAAGAAGCUUAGCAACCUGUGCAUUGACUUCAACAAACACCUGAACGAGGACACCACCAGUCUGGUUUUCACCAGAGAGGAGCUGGGCGGUCUCCCCGAGGACUUCCUGAGCUCGCUGGAGAAGGACGGGGACAAGCUGAAGAUCACCCUCAAGUACCCUCACUACUUCCCCACCAUGAAGAAGUGCUUCAUCCCUGAGACCCGUAGGAAGCUGGAGGAGGCCUUCAACUCUCGCUGCAAAGAGGAAAACUCUGCCAUCCUGAAAGAGCUGGUGCAGCUGAGGGCUCAGAAGAGCUCCCUGUUGGGCUUCACCACCCACACUGACUUUGUCCUGGAGAUGAACAUGGCCAAGUCUGGCAAGAAGGUGGCCGGCUUCCUAGAGGAGCUGGCCCGUAAGCUGAAGCCCCUGGGGGAGGAGGAGCGCAAGGUUAUCCUUGCGCUGAAGGAGAAGGAGUGCCAGAAGAGGAGCCUGCCUUUCAAUGGCGAGCUGCAAGCCUGGGACACGCGCUACUUCAUGACCCAGGUGGAGGAGACCCAGUACGCGGUGGACCAGAACCAGCUGAAAGAGUACUUCCCAAUGGAGGUGGUGACCCGGGGCCUGUUGGACAUCUACCAGGAGCUGCUCAACCUCACCUUUGAUCUGGUGGAGGGCGCCCCAGUUUGGCACGAUGACGUCACCCUCUACUGCGUCAAGGACCGCACCUCGGGCACGGUGGUGGGCCAGUUCUACCUGGACCUCUUCCCAAGAGAGGGGAAGUACGGCCACGCUGCCUGCUUCGGCCUGCAGCCCGGCUGUCUGCUGUCGGACGGGACCCGCCAAAUGGCGGUGGCAGCCAUGGUGGCCAACUUCAGCAAGCCCACGGCCGAUGCCCCCUCCCUGCUGCAGCAUGACGAGGUGGAGACAUACUUCCACGAGUUUGGCCAUGUCAUGCACCAGCUCUGCGCUCAGGCGAACUUUGCCAUGUUCAGCGGGACUCACGUGGAGCGGGACUUUGUGGAGGCGCCGUCCCAGAUGUUGGAGAACUGGGUGUGGGAGAAAGAGCCCCUGCAGCGCAUGUCCAAACACUACAAGACGGGUGCCCCUAUCCCCGACGACCUGCUGGAUAAACUCAUGAAGUCCCGGCUGGCCAACACGGGUCUGUUUAACCUGCGUCAGAUUGUCCUGGCCAAGGUGGACCAGGCACUCCACACCAAGAAUGGCCUGGACCCGGCUGAGGAGUAUGCCCGGCUGUGCCAGGAGAUCCUGGGUGUGCCCGCAUCCUCAGGAACCAACAUGCCUGCCACAUUUGGCCACCUGGCAGGUGGUUAUGACGCCCAGUACUACGGUUACCUCUGGAGCGAGGUCUACUCCAUGGACAUGUUCUACGCCCGCUUCAAGCAGGAGGGCAUCAUGAACCCAAAGGUGGGGCUUGACUACAGAAACUUUAUCCUGAAGCCCGGAGGCUCGGAGGAUGCUGAACUGAUGCUGAAGAACUUCCUAGGGCGGGAGCCAAAGCAAGAAGCUUUCCUUCUGAGCAAAGGACUAACGGUUGAGCUGGAGGCGGACACUCCAUGUGCCUGUUGACCAAUCACAACCAGCUCAGCGUGAACAUCCCCAACCAAUCAUACACUUAGGACACGGGCACAAGGGACCUACAUUUUCAACAUCAACAAAAAAACGACAAAGACAAGAAUUGAUAAAGAGAAGAAUUUCCAGUUUCUGCUGCUCUACAGCAGUGUUCCCCAACCCUGGUCCUCCAGUAUCCCAACAGUAGACAUUUUUAUUAAGCACACCUCGUUCAACUUGUUAACUAAUCAUCAAGCCCUAAAUGAGUUGAAUCAGGUGUGCUUGUCCAGGGUUACAAUAAAAAUGUGUACUGACCAGGGUUGGGAAAGAUUGCUCUGCAUGCAAUAUCACCCAGUUUCCCCCCUUUUGUGCUGUGUUUGGAGGUAUAUUUUAAACUGCAAUUGUAUUCAAGUAAGGAAGAGCAAAAUACACUAACAAAGAAUUGACUUGA